AUGUGGAGACUCACAGAGAGAGGAGAUGCGCACAGAGAUUACCCGCCCCCCACCCCGCACUCCGCCCCCAGCCUUAGCCCGGGCCUCCAGCUUCGAGGGAUCCUGGCCCUCCCUCCGCCGCCGCCACCUUUUCCCCGGUUCAGAAAACCCCUGAUUUGCACACGUGAGGGGGUUGCCAAGGGUGGGGGGACUCGGGCUGGGCGGGGGAGAAAGAGCUGCCCUGAGGGCGAGUCCAAAGGAAUUCGAGUCACCCUGGAGGAAGGGUGUACCUUUCAGCUACCCCCCUCCAUCCUGGCCUUGGCGGUUUGGAGGACAGGCCAGGGACCCCACGGUAAAAUCCGUGAUUCCGCCAGGCUCACAGGUGCUCCGGGGAAGUCUUUGCGCCCCUUCUCCCGGCCCUCGCUGGCACGGGGCUGCCGCCUCUCCCGGCCAGGCCCCCGGCUCACGCUGGGCUCUCCGCCGCCUGCCACCUCGUGGACCCCAAGCAAUUUGUUAUAUAAAACAAAACAGCAACGAGACACCGUCCUAGCGAGUGUGGGAGGCAGGGCGGACCAGGAAAUACAGGAACCAAACGGGGAGGAUGCUGUGGUUCGACUCACUUCCACCCCCUGCCCUGGACAGACUCGCCCCUGUGUCAGUACCCUGUGGUAUCCAAGAGAAAGAAAAGUAUACAAGCAACUGUCCUAUUCAGACUCACUCCACCUCCCUGACAUUCUAACAUUACCUGCCUUCAUGGGGAACUGCCGAUCCGAAGGCAGGAAUGACAGGCAGAGUCCGCCACUGUUGCCGCCGCUGCCGCCCUCGCCCUGGAACUGCUUACCGCAUCUCAGGCGGGCUUCCAGCGAGAGGACAGAUUUCAAAAUCCAAGGCUAUACCGGAGUCCCCUCCCAACGGCUGACAACACUAGCAACAUCCCGGCCUCUGGAAGUAGAAGGGGCAGGAGUCAUUGAUGGGGACUCUGAUGGUUACCGAGGCAACGAUGAUAGCACUAAGCUAUUUCCCUCUCUGCAAGGAGACCAUUAUUCCGCAUGCAUAGGCCAUUUGCAACAGAGGUCGUCACAAAGUCAUCCACAACACGGCACACGUUUAUUAAACUUUUAUUCUCUUUUUUCCCCCAACACAGAAACUAGUUUGCACUUGUAUGGGGGGUAUCAUUGUCACGGGCCCCACAUGGACGCUCAUUUACGCACCGCCACCACGGGCGCCUGCACCGCUGCCCCCGCGCAGGGGCGAGUGGUCGCUCCGCUGUCCCAUCCGCCCGUCGGGGUUGGCUCUGACCCCCUCUCGGACCUUCAGGACAAGGAGGGCGGUGGCAACGUCUAA